AUGCCUGAACCCGUUCCUCUUCCUUAUACUCCAAUUGGCACUCCCGUCGUGGACAGUGUCAAAUAUGACAACAUCGUCUUCAAGACCGUCACCUGGAAAGUUCCAGAGGGUACAGAUUAUAAAGGCAAAAUCGUCUAUGUACAUGGAUUCUGUGAGCAUUCAGACAUCUACCUGGAGUUUUUCGACAAGUUAAGCCAGGCAGGCUAUGAGGUGUUUUUCUUCGACCAGAGGGGAGCGGGAGAAACUUCCAAGGGCAAGUACAUGGGCAAAACAGAUGAGUUCCACACUUUUGACGAUUUGAACCACAUGAUUGAGUCACAGCUUAAGAUCAGGAAGGAUCCAACUGAGAAGUUGUUCUUAAUGGGUCACUCGAUGGGUGGCGGUAUCUCGCUAAACUAUGGAAUUUCCGGCAAGCAUCGCGAGGAUAUCAGGGGAAUCGUGGUUUCUGGACCAUUGGUGACAGUGCAUCCCAAAACACAACCUAAUUUUUUGGUUAGAGCGUUGCAGCCUGUGAUCAACGCAACCUUUCCAGGAUUGAAGAUCGACUCCAAGAUAAAGUAUGACUACAUCACUUCACAUGAGGGUUGGAGAAAGUACAUCGAGCUGCACGACACCAAGUUGAUUGGAACAGUCAGACAGUUCAACGAUAUGUUCGUGAGGGGCGAGAAAUUGUUGGAUAAGGAGCACGUUUCACAGUUUAAGGACGAUAUCCCACUUCUUGUGUUGCACGGCACUAACGACAACAUCAACAACUUGGAGAGCACUAAGAAGUUCUACCAUCAUUUACCCCAUAGUGUGGAUAAGAAGUUUGUUCCAGUGGAGGGUGCCAGACACUCCCUUUUCUUGGAGAGUCCCGAGUACUUUGAACCGGUUUACGGAGAGGUUUUGGACUUUUUGGGUAAACACUAG